UGUGGCCCGUUGACUCGCCAAGCGAGCCGCAGCGACGACGCUCCAUCGUGGAUGACGUCGAUGCUCCAGCUGAAGAUGCAUAAAUACCUGACCAGCGAGCCUCGAUAUGCAACAGUUUCUUCACCUCAAUUCGUGUCUCCCAACAAGCUUUCAGACUUAAUCUCCUUCUCACGAUUUGAUAAUCAUAAUGCCUUCCUAUACUGAGAAGAACCCCGAGCGCGUCGCGGCAGGCUUGAAGGCUGCCAUUCAUAACCCUCGAGUUACGGAGGAAGCGAAAGACCGUGCCGCUCAAGAGCUCGAAGACAUGGGUUACGAAGCCCCGCAGGAACUGUCGUCGCGCGCAUCUGUGGGCGGCAACGACGACGGAUUGGACGAGCACACGCAUCGCGUCCUCGGUGGGUUUAAGGCCUCGCUCAAGAACCCCAACGUAUCCGAGGAGGCCAAGGAGCACGCCGCCGAUGUGCUCGAGGCUGCUGACGAGGAUCCUGCAUCCAUUCACGAGCAUCGCGUGCUCGGCGGAUAUAAAGCCACCUUGAAGAACCCUAACGUAUCCAAGCAGGCCAAACAGCAAGCUCGCGAGCUCCUCGUUGAGAACGGUGUCGAUGCCUAA